ACAAAAACGAUGGCGGGCCUUUCAGUUUGGUGGUGCUACACAGCUGUAUUUCUCUUUUCAAUUAUGGGAUUGAUGAUGAGUUUUUACAUAGUUGAAAAGACUUACAUACCGCUGUAUAAUCGACCAUAUUCCAAGACUCCGGGUAAAUUGGCCAAUACUCGGACAAGACAGAGUGCAUCGACGGCCAGGUCUACGGUCACGUCGACGAUAUCGCCGGUAGUCCAAACCGAGCAAAUGCGAGAGGUGACUUUGCACUGCAAGAUGGUGUGCAGCAAAUCUGCAGGUGAUAUCUGCGUCCCCCUAGAGUUGGCCGUCUUCGUCUACAAGAACGAUACACCAACUGAAAACAUGACCUUCAACUUGCAAUAUCACUAUCCAGUUGUCCGUGUAGCAAGUGCAAGCAACGCCUCUAAUGAAUCCUCAGUGCUUGAGGUGGAGCGAUGUAACUUGGAGGAACAUUUCCCUGGAGUGGAGCUCAUCCCACGGCAGACAAGCUGCGCUGUGGUCGGUAACAGCGGUAUCUUAAACAACAGCAGUUGUGGGGAUUUCAUCGACUCACAUGACUUUGUUAUCCGCGCCAAUGGGGCGCAGAUAAAAGGCUACGAAGUUGACGUCGGCAAAGCGUCCAGUUUAAGUGUUAUUAACCGAUCUCUGAUGUUUUCAUACGCUCGUGCCAUGGGGGACACAAACACUACUAAAAUCCUUAAGAUACGGGCUCAAUUUCUCGACCGUAUUCGAACUUCGAAUAUUCGAAUUUUGUGGUACCCGAAACAUUUGUAUCAACCUGGUACAAGAUUUGAUUAUAGUAGGAAGUAUCGAUCUAUAAUCAGUGGAAUCAGAAAGAACGGAUUCACGGGUAUUCGGUUUGCUUUCAGCUGGAAAAGUAUCCAUGUCGAAAAGGCAUGGGGUCUACGACGAGUAGCCACACUUGGAUUAGACAUGUACGCAGUCGCUCGGACGUUCUGCUCGAACAUCACUCUCUUCGGAUUCUACCCGUUUUACAAAGACCUGGAGGGUCGAGCAGUCAAGUAUCAUUAUUUCGACGAUGUCAAAUUCAACUUUUCCCGCAACAGGGCGCACAGUUUUACUGGGGAACACACCAAACUGAAAGAGCUGGAAAAACAAGGGAAACUGACUUUAGUCAUCAGAGACUGCAAGCCGAGAGAGGGCAGCAGACGUACAUGAGAACACCGUGGGUGAACCAACUUGACAGGACGUUAGUUCGAGAGCUGGUUACCCAUUGACAAGGGACUUCAGACAUAUGGUUUAUGUUAUGCUUACUGAGUAAAAUCAUAAUGUCAUUAAUAAGGCUUUUUAUAGUGUUCCUCCCUCUGUGCAUUGGCAGAUCGUGAGUGGGGCCUUUUAGGGCCAUCCCCCACCUCAACAAGUAGCAAUGUUAUGCACAUUUCUUCACUUUGCCUUGGCAACACCAAGCAGCAUGGCUUCACUGCACAGCGAUCCUGUGUCACUCAACUUACCAAUGCAAUUCAUGACUGGGCGACCAUACUCGAUAGACCACGACCUCC